AUGGGGUUGCCCCCGAUCGGAGCUUUCCUCCAAAAAGUCUUACUGUUUGUGACUGCUUUCGCGGUUGUUGGAGCGGAGCCGUCCUAUGGGUCGGACACCUUCUGUCUGAACAUCGCAGGGAUGGAGAGGUGCCAGAAUAGCUCGAAUAUCAAACUGUCAAGACUUCAAGGAAAACAUGAUGGAAAGGCUCAAGAAGUUGUGACACAAGAGGGGCGUGUCCUGAAGCUACAAACUGUCAGUGAAAAGCCACUUAUCAUAGAGAUACCAGAGUUUUUGACAGGAGAGGAAUGUGACCACUUCAUCCAGACAGCCCAGAGAGAAGGACUUGAAGACAGUGUGACCACACAAAACUCUGGGAAACAAAAUGAUGGCUUUACACUGAUGGACAAGGAUAAAGACAGGAAACUUAGUGUGGACGAGAUGAGGGUAACCAUAGAAACGGGUAUGGACAUUUACCCUGAUGAAGAGGAUAUCAUGAAAAUGUUUGCUGACACAGGAUUGGAUAAAGAUGGUGAUGACAAAAUAUCAGCAGAAGAGUUGAAGGAUUUCAGUCCUGGAGACAUGAAGCGAUACUUUUACAAGUUCCUGCAAGAACAGCCAGAGAAACAUUCUCGCUUCAGCAAACAAGUUUGGCUUUUCCCAGAUAACUCCAAGGAUACAGUGUUUGAGAAAAUUCAAGACAGAGUAUCAAGAACAGUUGACCUCCCCAUCGAACUGAUCAAGAUGAGUGACUUUCAGGUUGUGACCUAUGGGGUCAAAGGUCACUAUAACGCCCACUACGACUCGUCUGAGGUGAAUAAAAAAGUCCCUUGUUGUACACGUCAGAGAACUCUACAAUGCAGAAUCUGCAGGUACAUGACAGUACUGUUCUACCUAAGUGAUGUAGAGGGAGGAGGAGAGACAGCGUUCCCUUUGGCUGGUAAUGACAGCAUAGAUAUGUUGCGGGUACAAGAAGAACAGCUGAUGAAUCUGUACAGAAAGUGCGACUCCUACCUCCGUGUGACCCCAGCAAAGGGCAAGGCCAUCAUAUGGUACAAUCACAAGGUUGACCCAGACUCAGGCUGGCUUGGGGCCAUGGACAGACAUACAUUCCAUGGGGGGUGUCCCGUCACUGUGGGAACGAAAUGGAUCGCUAACUUUUGGAUCAAGACAACCGACGAUAAACUUGAAGAUUUACAUCGGAUGAUUAAAUUUUCCAAACCAAACAACAGUAUGAACCACAGAGAUGAACUGUAGUAAAACUUAGAAAAAGAUACGCAGUUUUUAUUGGCUUUAAAAUAAUUUUCUAAUAUUUUUUCUUUAAUCAGAUGUUGAAAAAUGACUUCUUCUACUUUUGUGGGACAAACAUUCCACCUGUUAGACAUGACACUGUAUUUUUAUGUAUUUGUACAUGUAUCUUGUUUCUGAAGUAUUUACCUAUUAUGUGUAUACAUCAAUCUUGUUGAUCCUUAGAGACUAAUAUCUCUAUGAAUUAAUUCAUGUCAUUUUUUAACAUUUUUAUGUGAAGGUAAAUACAGGGUAGCCUUAUACAUACAUGCUUAUAUUUACUAGUCAAAUUGUUACUGUUUUACUUGAUGAAAUUAUUUCUAAAUCAGUUUUAUCACUUUGAUUUGAGUUCUCCGGUCAUUUAAAAGGUCCUAUUUGUAAUAUUGUGUAGUCCCUUCCCCUGUUAAAAUGAGAUGGCAGUACACAUUGUUUUUGUUAAAGUUUUAUUAUGUGCAUAUUGUUAUGGCUGAUGGACUUUGUUUUAAUUGUUGAACGUUGAACUGUACACAAUAUUGUAUUUUAAUGUAUCAAUAAGCCUGUUCCUGGUAAUAAGCCCUCUCCUACUUAUUGCAGUUUCAGUGGUAGUGUCAGGAAAUGCUUUAUCAGUGACCUGUAAUAAGCCCUCUCCUACUUAUUGCAGUUUAAGUGGUAGUGUCAGGAAAUGCUUUAUCAGUGACCUGUUAUAAGCCCACCCCUACUUAUUGCAGUUUCAUUGGUAGUGUCAGGAAGUGCUUUAUCAGUGACCUGUAAUAAGCCCACCCCUACUCAAUAGUUUCAGUUGUAGUGUCAAGAAAUGCUUUAUCAGUGACCUGUAAUAAGCCCACCCCUACUCAAUAGUUUCAGUUGUAGUGUCAAGAAAUGCUUUAUCAGUGACCUGUUAUACCCCUACCUUUCUACUUCGAGUCAUGUGAUGUGAUAUUGAACCCCAGGGCUAACUGUUGUAUAAAUUAGUAUGAUAUAACAUGAGGUACAUGUGUACACUUACCAUAAUUUGUGGUUGUAUAUGAAGGCUGGCAAUAGCACAGUCUGCAAUGUAUUGGACUGUGCCAACUCCGGUGAGGAUCUGAGGUGUGUAGUUUCAUAUUCCUUACCUGGUGAAGGUUGCAGUUCUCAGGAAGUUGAGAUAAUCAUCUGUUUUAGUUGUCCAUCCUUGGGAAAGACACUUUCCUCAUGUUUUUGUUGGAAUGUAAUGGGCCUCCAGUAUGUUGUUCAGUGAGGUUGUCAUCAGUCAACAUGACCAUUGUUGUUAAUAGGGCAAUAACAAAAACCUAGCAAGCAAAUAUAUAUAUCAAUGAUGAAAUAACUGCCUGGAUGUGAUUUUUUUCUUUUGUCAUUCAGAAUUUUUAUAUCAAUGAUGUUAGGUUGAGUUGGUGUCAGUUCCUGAUGUUAGACUGUUGGUGUCAGUUCCUGAUGUUAGACUGUGUUGGUGUCAGUUCCUGAUGUUAGACUUUGUUGGUGUCAGUUCCUGAUGUUAGACUGUGUUGGUGUCAGUUCCUGGUGUUAGACUGUUGGUGUCAGUUCCUGAUGUUAGACUGUGUUGGUGUCAGUUCCUGGUGUUAGACUGUGUUGGUGUCAGUUCCUGGUGUUAGACUUUGUUGGUGUCAG